UUCCUCUUUCUCGUGGCCACAUUUAACUCAGCGUCGGGGCUCCGUUGCUUGGGGUCGCAUUGCUCUCUCUCUCUCUAGAGCCUGGCUUCCAUGGCUGCUAGACUGGUAGACUGGCGAUUCCAUUUGAUGCCCCCCCAACCACAGGCUCUGUGCAGCAGCAGACUUUUGCAGCCCAAUUCUCCUGAUCUGAGAUGGAAGGGACAUAUGUACAAGGGAAUCAAAUCUAAACAACAAUUCUUUCGCACAAAAAGAAUUAAAACUGUACUUGCAGUUGCAGUCCCAGUUCCCUCACCCCAUAGGGACAUUGCAGAGGAAAGAAAGCAGAUUGCCAAAGACUAUGGUUUCACACAGAUAGGGGAGCGACUUCCUGAAAAUAUUACCUUGAAAGAUGUCACUGAAUCUCUUCCUAAAAAGGUUUUUGAGAUGGACGCUGUGAAGGCUUGGAAAUCAGUAUUCAUAUCAGUGUCUUCUUAUGCUUUGGGGCUUUGGAUGAUUGCAAAAGCUCCUUGGUACCUACUUCCUCUGGCUUGGGCAUGGACCGGGACUGCAGUGACAGGGUUUUUUGUGAUAGGUCAUGACUGUGCUCACAAAUCAUUUGCUAAGAAUAAAUUGGUGGAGGACAUUGUUGGGACACUAACCUUCUUGCCCCUGAUUUAUCCUUAUGAACCUUGGCGCUUUAAACAUGAUAGGCAUCAUGCAAAGACCAACAUGUUAUCUGAAGAUACUGCUUGGCAUCCUGUUUGGAGAGAAGAGAUUGAAUCCUCUGAGGUAUUGCGUAAAGCAAUCAUUCUAGGAUAUGGUCCAUUUCGCACUUGGAUGUCUAUAGGUCACUGGUUGCUUUUGCACUUUGAUCCGAAGAAGUUUAAACCCGCUGAAAUCAAAAGGGUUAAGAUAAGUUUGGCAUGUGUCUUUGUAUUUGUCGUGAUCGGAUGGCCCUUGAUCAUAUACAAGACUGGAAUAUUUGGAUGGUUUAAGUUCUGGCUGAUGCCAUGGCUUGUUUAUCACUUUUGGAUGAGUACUUUCACAAUGGUUCACCAUACAGCUCCUCACAUAUCAUUCAAACACUCAGAUGAUUGGAAUGCAGCUCAUGCACAACUUGGUGGAACAGUUCAUUGCGAUUAUCCACGAUGGAUAGAGAUCCUUUGUCAUGAUAUUAAUGUGCACAUACCCCACCAUGUGUCUCCAAGGAUACCGAGUUAUAAUCUACGAUUAGCUCAUCGGUCACUUCAAGAGAAUUGGGGCAAGUAUCUUAAUGAGGCCACAUGGAAUUGGCGCUUGAUGAAGACAAUCAUGACAACAUGCCAUGUGUACAGUAAGGAGCACAAUUAUGUAUCAUUUGAGGAGAUUGCCCCAAAGGAGUCUAAGCCAAUUGCUUUUCUUAGAAGAGUGAUGCCUGAUUAUGCUUGAUCAUUAACUGCAUAAGCUGCAGUUUUAGUGUAUUAAUUGAUUUAUUUCCUUCGGUUUUCUUGACCAAAUUUGGCAGAUUAUAUGUAUGGUAUAUUAUUUAGUUUGGUGAAUGAAAUUUCUCGUAAUAACUUGCUCAUUAGAAA